AUGCUUGUAAGGUUUGCAGUAGGAACCCAAGGGGAGAAGGGGGUCUCUGCAGAGAUUCCCGAGAACGUCUUCCAGGCAGAUGGCCAAGGGGUGACUCUUUCAGCGGCCGCGAAUAGAUUGAAGGUCGUGGAGAGGGUCCUGUCUGAAGCCCAGCCUCCUCCUCUGGGUGCCUCUUCUCUCCUGGGGCUCUUCCAGCUUUUGAAAGAGGCGUCUGAGGUCGAGGUGGAAGAACCAGGCCAGCUGGGAGCCCUGGAAGAGCUGGGCCGGCAUUACGUGGAGAUUACAGGGAGGCUUCUGGAGGAGGAGAACACAGAUGAUUGGUCUGAGAUCAAGCCGAUCAUCGGGGGACCCAUGACGGUGGUGGAAAAUGUGGACAAGAUGGCUUCCAGCCUCCAUCAGCUCCUGAGCCCCGAAAGGGUGAAAGUCACAUUUCACAGUAAGAAUAUCGGGAUCGAGGUGCGACGGGCAGAGCUGGGCCCAGAGAGAGCUGGCGGGGGGGCCUCCCUGAUGCCAACCCACCGCUGGGACCAGCUGGAUGCGAUUGAGAUCCCAGCAGAGGAACUGGAGCGCCUGAGAGUGAAAGGCCUGCGUCAAAUCACCCUCACCCAUACUUGGUACAGCUAUGGAGCCCUCCAGCACCUUCUCGCCAGCAGCAGUGCUGUGUUCAAAGACGCCGCUGUGUCCGACGGAGGACGGAGGCAUUUGAGCACCCAAGUGGCCUCUUCCAUCAUCUCCUCCAGCUUGGUCAGCAACUAUGAGGAAAUCAGCACGUCCGUGCGGUACCGUCUCCGGCACCGGGUUCAGGCUUUAGCAGACCAGCUUGUAGAAGCAGUGUGUGCUUUCUGGAACUUCAGCAGAAGUCCUGAAGGUGUUGGAGGCUGGUCCACCAGAGGUUGCUCGGUGUCUUCUUCUCAGGAGGAUCUAACCACCUGCACCUGUAACCACACCACCAACUUCGCAGUCCUGCUGCAGGUCUAUGAAGUUCAGAGGAGCUUAGAGGAAGAGUCCACGCUGAAGACCCUGACGUUUGUGGGCUGUGGCGUGUCCUUCUGUGCCUUGAUCGUCACCUUGGUGCUCUUCUUAGCUGUUGGGGUCCCCAAAAGUGAACGAACCACCGUGCAUAAAAACUUGAUCUUUGCCUUGGCUGCCGCAGAAGCCUUGUUAAUGUUCAGUGAAUUGGCCAAGAUCAACCAGGGUGUUUGCUUCGCUGUCACAGCCUUUCUCCACCUCUUCUUCAUGGCGGCCUUCGCUUGGAUGUUGGUGGAAGGUCUUCUGCUCUGGAGCAAAGUAGUGGCCGUCAACAUGAGCGAGGAUCGGAGGAUGCGGUUCUACUAUGUGACCGGUUGGGGGCUUCCUGUGCUGAUCGUUGGCAUCACUUUGGCUACGUCGUUCAACAAAUACGUGGCGGACAAUCACUGUUGGCUGAAUGUGCAGACAGAGGUCAUCUGGGCUUUUGUGGGGCCUGUCCUCUUUGUCCUAACAGUGAACACCUUUGUGCUGUUCCGAGUGGUGAUGGUGACAGUCUCCAGCGCACGGCGUCGGUCACGGAUGCUGACCCCCAACAGCAGCUUGGAGAAGCAGAUUGGGGUUCAAAUCUGGGCCACCGCCAAACCCAUCUUGGUGCUGCUCCCUGUCCUGGGCCUGACCUGGGUAUGCGGCAUCCUUGUUCACCUCAGCGUUACCUGGGCCUACAUCUUCAUCAUGCUAAACUCCCUCCAG